UCAGUAGCAGUAACAUCAUGGCAAGUCCGGCUGCUUACGUCUCUACGAAUGAUCUCCAAAAAAAGUGGGUUUUACAGAUAACCGAUGAUUUCGCUGAAGAUCUAAAUAAAAUAUCGGGCAAGUGCAUGGACAUUGGUUGUGGUCCCGGCGAUGUAACAAGAAACAUACUUUUGCCGAGUCUCAAUCCAGAUGCAACAAUAAUAGGCACGGAUAUUUCGAAAAUCAUGAUCGAAUACGCGAACAACUCGUACGUUGACAGCAAACGGAUCGAAUUCGAAGUGUUGAACAUGGAGACGACGAAUCUGCCUAAAAAAUACGUGUCCGAGUUUGAUCAUCUGUUUUCGUUUCACGCAGUGCACUGGUGCAAGGACAUUCGGCAAGCAUUUCAAAAUAUGUAUGACAUACUUCGGCCUGGUGGAACUAUGCUUAUAGCCUUGCUAAAAUCCUACGACACGUUGGAAGUAUGCUGUCAAUUUUUGAAGCAAGACAUCCGCACUGCGCCGUACAUGCGAUACAACAGAGCAUACUUGUCGCCAUUUCAUUCUUCUACUCGACCUUGCGAAGAACUGAAAGAGUUGCUCAACGAUAUUGGAUUUACAGUUCAUCAUUGCGAUCAUCAAGAAAUGACGUUAACUGUAAAGGAUGUAGAAGGUGCAUUAUCCUCGCUGAUCUCUCUUGUCCUGAAUAAGAUAUCAUGCGACGAAAAAGAAGAAUUGAAGGAAGAUUUUAAACACGUAUAUGAAGAAGCAAGAGUUAAAUAUCGCGGGGAUGAUCCACGUUUUUGUAUCAACGGCGAACGGAAUCAAAUGACUAUUAUAGAUUCACAUACACUGUUGAUAGUAUACGCACAAAAAAGUAUGUCCGAAUUAUACAAGUGCGAACACAUAGUACUGCAACAAAUUAGUCAGUCAGUUAUAACAAUCAGUAAUAUUAUAACAAAAGUUAUGACGAGUCCAACGCUAUAUCUUUCUAAUACUGAUCUGCAAAAUGGCAAAAUAUCGUACCUAAUAAGCGAGUUUGACGAGGAAUUGAUGAAAAUGUCCGGAAAAUGCAUGGACAUCGGUUGCGGUCCCGGAAGUAUAACGAAGGAACUACUUCUACCUGCCCUAGGCGCAAACGUGAAGUUGAUAGGUACGGACAUCUCAGAGAAGAUGAUCGAGUACGCGAAGAACGCUUACAGGGAGGAGAAACGUUUGGACUUCGAAGUGCUGGAUAUUCAAACGAAGAAUCUGCCGGCGAAAUACGUCUCUAACUUCGACAACGUGUUCUCGUUCUAUACUUUGCAGUGGUGCAACGACAUCCAACAGUCAUUUGAAAAUAUCUAUCGCAUGCUUCGUCAUGGUGGAACUAUGCUUAUACUUAUGGUACCGUCUGACCCUGUAUUCGACAUUUUCCAAAUGCUGAUUAAUGAUAUCCGCUUUUCAUCGUAUUUACAAGGCGCGGAGAAAUUUCUUCCGGCAUAUCAGAAUGUUGCCGAACCACACAAACAUGUAAAAGACUUGCUUAAAGACAUUGGAUUUGAGGUUUACCACUGCAGUUGUAGAGAUAACGUAAAUAUGAUUAAGAGCAGAGAAUUUUUUUUAAGUAUGAUAUUAUCCAUCUUUGAAUUGAACUUGGACAAGAUGCCACAUGAUCUAAAAGAAGAAUUCAAGGAUACAUUUGUGCGUGAAUAUCAUAAAAGGAAUACAUAUAUACAUACCUUGAUGAAUGAUGGUCAGGAGCAAACUUUGCAAAUACACAAAACACUAAUAAUUUACGCACAAAAAUCUGAAUAACAAUUUAAAC